CAGUGGUCUCCAGGCGCUCAAAACUUGCUUGUUAAACAAGAGAAGAGGACAAACUGUUUCUUUGUGAAAUGAUAAACCAUUUGUUGCUGGAAUUAAAAAACGUUGUUUUGCAUUUAUUUUAUAUAUAUUUUUUUUUGUUCGCUUUUGAUAUCGGUACUUUUCCUACAGAAGCUGUUUUCUGCUGGUGGGUGUUUUGAUAGAAGUUUUAUCUUUCUCACUGGAAAGGAAGUUAUCAUUUACUUGACUUCUACUUACAGUAGACACAAGAACAUCAUCUUGAUAGCUUGGUGAUACAGUAUUAACAUGCAUAUUAGUUGUUUACUGACAUUUCAAGAUUUUGAAGACUUUUUCGACAAGUACAGUAUAUAUGACUUCAUACGAUAUUUGUGUAAUGCUUGAAAAUGAAACAGCUGGCUUUUGAUUGACUAAGUGAAAAAAUUGUUAUAUUCAUACCUUCUAUUUGUUGGGUAGUGAAUCAAAUAGACCUAGUUAUUUUCAUGGAUGUUUCAUUGGAAUAUUUAUACUGUACUUGGUUGAUUUUUGUCUGUGCUUACUUCAUUGCACUAUCAUCAAGUUUUAUGAUGUAUCUGGGUCACCUAUUACUACAGGAACACACUGUAAUUUUUCACAAGUAAUUGUCAAAUUGAGCAGUCCUUUUGGCUUACCAAGAGAGUACUGUACCAUUUACAUUUUCAGUUCAUUGUCAACUUACACAGUCUGGAUAUAUGUUCCAAGAUAUAAACAUUUUUGAAGGAUGAUAUUUCUGAUUUAUGGAAUUAUUUAUUAAAAGUAUAGAAUCUGAGUUACAAAAUUAAAGUAAUCUACAAGAUUUAUAGAAACUAAGCUAUUCAGAUCAAAAUUUAGAAAAAUUGGAAGAUUGUGUUUAAGUACAGAAGCUACAGUAAACUUAUCAGUUUGAAGCAUUCGCAUCUAAAUAAACAUUCCAUGUGGUAGUAACAAAGUAUUUAUUUUUAAGUUUCAGUCCUUUGUUUUAAUAACUAAAUUAAUCCUUGUAUUUCUUUACUGUGUGACCACAUUUGUUAAUUGUGCAAAAGCUUACAGAAACAGAAAGCUAUUUUGAGAUAAAAACCAUCUAAACUUUAUUAUCGUUGGAAAAUCCACCAAAUACCAACCAUUAAAAAGACUUUAUUUUAAAACACUAAUUGUGCGGAACAACAACUUUCUACUUCUUCCUAAGUGCAUAAUAGUCAAUUUUCACAUAAGUUAUAUUUGGAAUAAUCAGAUAUUCAUAAUGCACUUCGUCUCUUUUUUGAGUUAAGUUGAGUACAGUACUUACAUCAUCGAAAUUUUGAUUUUAUGUUCAAGACACUUUGACAGUUAAAAAUGUUGAUGUCGACAAUCUAACAGAGAUUUUUGCUGCAGGCCGGAGGCUCUGUCCCACAAAACUGCUAAAAGCCUUUGGUAACAUUCCUCAGUGAAUUAAAGACCAGUAAACUGUUAUCACCUUAUUAAACUUUACUGUGAGAAGCAUGUUAUCAUGCUGGCUGCUAAAUACUUGUGGGAUUAACCACCAGUAAUACAUGAACAGAAACAUGUUACCAUAUUUGAUAUGCGAUGUUUUAUUUUGCGGUCACAUUGAUUGUGGUAUCUAGAGAAGCAUACAUCACUAAAUGGUUGAUUGAUUGAUUGACAUACUGACUGACUGAUUUGUCAUUUGAGCAAUAGGAAUAAUCUCAUGCAACACUGUUUCUUUGAGGUGAUCCCGUCAUGUUUUUUAUUACUAUUCAGAAACUCCAGAAAAAAAUACUUUGGUAAUUUUUGUCAUUGGUAGCAGAUUGAUCAUCAUUGAUUAGAAUUGAUACUUAUUGAUAGCUGAUUAAUCAAAGAUAUGGAUUGAUACACACUGCUUAUUGAUCACUAUUGUUUGGAGAUACUUAUUGAUUAUCAUUAUUUGAAAUUUAAAAUUGAUUGAAAUCUGAAUCAAGGAUUAAAUGUGGUUCUGAAGCACAAUACACUAUUUCUGUGCCAAAAUAUAUAUCACGUUAGUAAAGGACAAUGCUCAAGUUAAUGCACUUUUUUGGUUACAACCAUGGUUUGAGCUUCAAGUUUUGUAAUAGUUUACCAUAAUUUCUAUUUUCUACCAUUAAAUAAAAGACAACAAAAGAGCCUCUAUUUUGUGAAUUCUCCAAAAGACUGAAACGCCAUUCAAUAUAUUUAUUUGUGAGUGCUUUUGUAAGCAACUCUAUUCUGCCAGUAUAUUUUGAUGUUGUGUUAGCAUCAAUGGGUGGCUAUCUCGUGCUGUCCAUUAUUGAAGCUGUCAUUGAACUUCUUCUUUACGGAUAUGAACUCUUCUGGUUGCUUGUAAUCGGAAUUCUGACAUUAUACAAUCACGAUAAUAAUAUUAAUAAUCGCCAAAUUGAUUCUCACAAACGGAUCAUUAGACAGAACAUUGUGAUGAAUGAAGAGCCAAGUAUAUUUGGAACACUUGCCAAAGAUAAGUCACCUGCUAGAGAUGAAAAUAAAAGAAGGAGUAUGCCGCAAACACCCUCAUUUGCGAAUCUCUUCAAAGCUGUAGAGGGAGAAAGUACUAUGCCAAAAAUGUGCAAUGGUCAUGUGACAUCCUCAGAGACAUCCUCCAACGUGGUAGAGUCAGAAGAAAUCGAAAAAGACAAGGAGAUCAUUGUGAAGAUCGCGUUUAUCCGAUGAUAUUGGUGUGGCCGUAUAAACAGAGGUAGUAACUCCGCAUAAUGGAUCAGUAACCGCGAUGAUCUAGAGAGUUACCUCCACAUCACAGUGGUGUACAGAGGUCAUCGGCAUGAUCUUUAUGCAAAGUAUCUGUUGUUUGACCUCUGCGAAUCAUCACGGAAUUGGCAGAGGUCAGUUCUAAUCACGUAACUUCCAGGUACAACCAAUGAUUUUUCUUUUAUCCUGUAGACAAUCGACUGGAGAUUGUAAUGGAUGGAUAAUAUGUUGAACUUGAUAUUGUCUUUUAUGCUUAUUUUCGUAUUUUAUAUAUUUUUUUUAGUAAGUUGUGUGCAAUAAUCUUUUAAUUGAUGUCACUUAACUUGUUUACUAGCUUCAAUAGUAAAGGUCAUUUUCUGACCGUGAUCAUGACCUUUCCUGUUUAUUGCCUAAUCAAUAUAUAGUAUCAAUAAUGAACUAUCAUGAGAUGGUAGUAU